AAUAGGCUUGCGGAGCCGGGGGAAAGAUUUUGCGGCGAGUGCGAAGCAGCCAGUAUACCAAAGAGUCGGAGGAGGACUGGGCUGUGGGGACAUGGCCGCAGCCUCUGCGGUGUCGGUGCUGCUAGUAGCGGCGGAGAGGAACCGGUGGCUGCGAGUCCCGGGCCUGCUGCUGCCGUCCAGGAGAUGGACUUGGAAGCAGAGAACCAUGAAGUACGCAACGACCACAGGACGAAACAUUGCCAAGCUCCUCAUUGCAAACAGAGGAGAAAUUGCCUGCAGGGUGAUACGAACAGCCAAAAAAAUGGGUAUACAGUCCGUGGCUGUGUAUAGUGACGCCGACAGGAAUUCCAUGCAUGUUGACAUGGCAGAUGAAGCAUAUUCCAUCGGCCCCGCUCCCUCUCAGCAGAGCUACCUUUCUAUGGAGAAAAUCAUUCACGUGGCCAAGACCUCUGCUGCUCAGGCUAUCCAUCCAGGAUAUGGUUUUCUUUCUGAAAACACGGAAUUUGCCAAACUGUGCAAACAAGAAGGAAUUCUUUUUAUAGGUCCUCCUUCAUCUGCAAUUAAAGACAUGGGUAUAAAGAGCACAUCCAAAUCCAUAAUGGCUGCUGCCGGAGUGCCUGUUGUGGAAGGUUAUCAUGGCGAGGACCAGUCAGACCAGUGCCUGAGGGAGCACGCGGGGAGAAUCGGUUAUCCUGUCAUGAUUAAAGCCGUCCGUGGUGGAGGAGGGAAAGGCAUGAGGAUCGUCAGAUCCGAAGAGGAAUUUCAAGAACAGUUAGAAUCAGCGCGGAGAGAAGCUAAGAAGUCUUUCAAUGAUGAUGCGAUGCUGAUUGAGAAAUUUGUAGACACUCCAAGGCAUGUAGAAGUCCAGGUGUUUGGUGACUACCAUGGCAAUGCUGUGUACUUGUUUGAAAGAGACUGUAGUGUACAAAGGAGGCAUCAGAAGAUCAUUGAGGAAGCCCCAGGGCCUGGUAUUAAACCUGAAAUAAGAAAAAAGCUUGGAGAAGCUGCAGUCCGAGCUGCUAAAGCUGUAAAUUAUGUUGGAGCAGGAACUGUGGAGUUUAUUAUGGACUCAAAGCACAAUUUCUACUUCAUGGAAAUGAAUACAAGGCUGCAAGUGGAACAUCCUGUGACUGAGAUGAUCACAGGAACUGACUUGGUGGAGUGGCAGCUUAGGAUUGCAGCAGGAGAGAAGAUUCCUUUGAGCCAGGAAGAAAUAACUCUGCAGGGCCAUUCCUUUGAAGCUAGAAUAUAUGCAGAAGAUCCUGACAAUAACUUCAUGCCGGGAGCUGGGCCAUUAGUGCAUCUCUCCACCCCUCAGGCAGACCUUUGCACUAGGAUUGAAACUGGAGUGAGACAAGGAGAUGAGGUUUCAGUGCAUUAUGACCCCAUGAUUGCGAAGCUGGUUGUAUGGGGUGCAGAUCGCCAGGCAGCCUUAACAAAACUGAGGUACAGCCUUCGUCAGUACAAUAUUGUCGGACUGCACACCAACAUUGACUUCCUCCUUAACCUGUCUGGCCACCCAGAGUUUGAGGCUGGGAACGUGCACACAGAUUUCAUCGCUCAACACCACAAAGAACUGUUUCCCGAUAGGAAGGCCACAGCUAAGGAGUUUUUAUGCCGGGCAGCUCUGGGUCUCAUCCUCAAGGAGAAAGCUGUGUCUGAUAUUUUCAACAUUCAGUCACAAGAUCAGUACUCACCUUUUGCAUCCAGCAGUGGAAGAAGACUGAAUAUCUCUUACACGAGAAACAUAACUCUGAGGGAUGGUAAAAACAAUGUAGCCAUAGCUGUAACAUAUAACCAUGAUGGGUCGUAUAGCAUGCGGAUUGAAGAUGAAACUUUCCAAGUCCUUGGUGAUCUUUGUACUGAGGGAGACUGCACUUACCUGAAAUGUUCUGUUAAUGGAGUUGCUAGUAAAACUAAGCUAAUUAUCCUGGAAAAUACUAUUUACCUAUUUUCCAUGGAAGGAAGUACUCAGAUUGGCAUUCCAGUCCCCAAAUACUUGUCUUCAAUGAGCUCAGAUGGAACUCAGGAAGGAGCCAUAGCUCCUAUGACGGGUACCAUUGAAAAGAUAUUUGUGAAAGUUGGAGACAAAGUAAAAGCUGGAGAUUCUCUAAUGGUUAUGAUUGCCAUGAAAAUGGAGCACACCAUAAAGGCUCCAAAGGAUGGCACGAUCAAGACCGUGUUCUACAAAGAAGGUUCUCAGGCCAACAGACACUCUCCUUUAAUCGAGUUUGAGGAAGAGGCAUCUGACCAAAGAAAAGCAAAAUAAACUCCGUCAAAGAAAUGCCCCGUUAAGCAGUAUCUUCAGUAUAGUAUCUAUGCCAAAAAGAGAAAGUGCCUUCCUGCUUUUCUCGGAGUCUAAUAAGCAGCAGUUUUACUAAAUGAUUAUUAUUAAGCUAAAACACCUUUUUAUCUUUGAGAAUCAUGUACUUGGGUCACCACUACAAUAAAUCAUCUCAAAAUAUUUCAUACUAAUAAACCGAAUUAUACUUUA